AUGGCGGAGAUGGCGCUUCCCGCAACGGCGUUGCUAGCACCCGUGGACUCGAAGACGAACACAACCCCGGCACCGGAAACGGAGCGAGUCAUCGAGAGCUUUGAAGUGAGCGGUCCUCAUGCAAACGUCGCUGAGCAAGAAGACAUUCCCCCGGACGGUGGCUACGGCUGGGUCUGCACCGCAUGCGUCCUACUUGUCAAUGCCUCCACCUGGGGCGUCAACAGCGCCUAUGGGGUCUUCCUCGCCUACUUCCUCUCCCACUCCACCUUCUCCGGCGCCUCUCGUCUGGAGUACGCGCUCAUCGGCGGCCUGUCAAUCUCGCAAUCCCUCUUCAUCUCCCCCCUCAUUGGCCUCUGCAACGAGAAACUCGGCACCCGCAUCUCCCUACUCAUAGGCGCCAUGCUCGUCUCCGUAAGCCUGCUGGCCUCCUCCUUCACCACCAGGAUUUGGCAAUUGUUCUUGAGUCAGGGCGUGUGCUUUGGCUACGGGUUAGGCUUCUUGUACAUCCCUGCGUCCACUGUGCUGCCGCAGUGGUUUGACAAGAAGCGCAGCCUGAGCAUGGGUAUUGCUUCUUCCGGCGCGGGAUUCGGUGGGCUGGUGUACAACCUCGUGGCCGGUGCCGCUAUCCAGGGCUUGGGGUGGAGAUGGACGUAUCGGAUCUUGGCCAUCUCGACGGCUGUAGUGAACGUCACGUGUGCGCUCUUGCUCAAAGAUCGCAACAAGAUGGUCAAGCCGAAGAAGCAAGGCUUCAAUGUCCGCGAAUUCGGGCACAUUUCGGUCGUGCUGGUCAUCCUGUGGGGGAUUUUCACCGAGCUGGGGUACAUUGUAUUGCUAUAUUCGCUUCCAGACUACGCCAUCUCCAUCGGACUAUCUGCCAAUCAGGGAGCGGUUGUCGGGGCGGUGCUGAACGUUGGCCUAGGCGUUGGACGACCCAUCAUCGGACUCCUCAGUGAUCGCUUUGGGCGAAUCGAUACGGCCACAGGUAUGUCGCCUCCCGCGACUGCGCUGUGUGGCAUCUUCGUGCUGAGCCUGUGGGUGCCAGCCCACAGCUAUGCUGUCCUCUUACUCUUUGCCCUCGCGAUUGGCAGCGUCACUGGAAUCUUCUGGGGCACGGUAGCACCUGUCACAGCCGAAGUCGUUGGUCUGCAAAGACUCCCGGCCACAUUCGGCAUGCUUGUCUUGCCGCUCGUUAUUCCCACGGUCUUUGCGGAACCAAUAGCAUUGGGGCUUGCCGCUUCAUACGGCUACUUGACCGCCAAGAUCUUCGUUGGCUGCAUGUUCCUCGCUGGUGCCGCCUCUACCUUUGCCCUCCGCUCGUGGAAGCUCGUUGAGGGAGAGGGAUGGCGGUCGCCCGUCACUGCCGGAGACUGA